UGUACUCUCAUUAUUAGUCGUCGUUGCCACCCACAAAAUGUCAGAAUCUCCGCAAGUCAACCGGUGCUUUGCACCUCUCCGCUACUCUCUCAUUAUUAUUUCUCGUUUUGAAAAUGCUCCUGCUUGCUUCUACACUGUUAAGCUUUCUUUUUUCCAAGUUGCCCUCUUGUAUGCGAAGACUUGGACACGGACGUAGCGUUACACCUUCCUUUAUAAAGCUCUCUCCUUGAUUGCUAAAACCAUCUUGAUAUUAUCAACGUUCCCCCUUCCUUCCUGCCUCUCCCUUUCUUUUUAGUAAGUAAAGAGAGCAGAGCAAAUGGGACGUCCUGAAGCAGAUUCUUCUUCGUAUGAAACUGAUCAGCCACAGGAACACCAUUACGAGCAGACAUCAGAAGCUACACAAACUCAUGAUUUCUCUUCACAUGCAUAUGCAACUAACUAUAAUGAUUCAAGCCAACAAGAUCACUACGGAUCCCAGUAUGCGGACACAUCCGCAAGUAACCCCCAGGAUCAACAACCACCACCACCACCACCUCCUCAGCAGCAGCAGCAGUACAACCCGCCACAAGCUAAUCAGGGAUAUGGGGGCCAACCAGCCCAGCCCUCACAGUUCCCGCCCCAGGGCCCACAAACCAAUCCGAUGUACUCAAAUGGGCCCACUCGGCCUGCACCAUAUCCACCACAAGGACCACAAACAAAUCCAACUCAGCCCGCACCAUAUCCACCACAGGGCCAACAAACUUUUCAAACUCAGCCCGCACCAUACCCACCUCAGAACCCAAUGAAGCCUGCAGCAUACCCACCGCAAAGUCCACGAACAUUUCCAAAUCAGCCUGCUCAGUUCCCACCGCAAAGCCCACAAACUAACCCAAUGUAUCCAAAUGGGCCAAAUCAGCCAGCAAGAUUCCCAAACCAAGGCCCUCAAGAAAUGCCCCAGGCAUAUCCACCACAGGCCUUUCAAAAUUCUUACCAAGCUCCUCAGGCUCAGGUAGCUCAAUUCCCUCCAAAAAGUCCGGCACCUGGAAUUCCAAUGCAAGUCAUGAAUCAACAACAGCAGGCAUGGACAACUGGGAUAUUUGAUUGCAUGGAUGAUCCAACAAAUGCUCUCAUAACAGCUUUGUUUCCAUGCGUGACAUUUGGUCAGGUCGCAGAAAUUGUUGACAAUGGCCAGACAACAUGCGGGACAAAUGGAAUGAUCUAUGGUAUGGUGGCCUUCUGCAUUGCCAUGCCGUGCAUAGUAUCUUGCGGUUACCGCUCCAAGCUUAGAGCCAAGUACGGACUCAUCGAGGACCCAGCACCGGACUGGCUCACUCACUGCCUUUUUGAAUGGUGUGCUCUUUGUCAAGAAUAUAGAGAGCUUAAUAACAGAGACCUGGAUCCUUCCAUUGGAUGGCAGGGAAAUUUAGCGAGGCAGAAUAUGAUGCAGGCUCAAGUUGGUAUGGUGCCUCCAACGAACCAAAGAAUGAUGCCUUGAUACGCUAAUGUUCAUCGCGAGGGACACGGAUGUAAUUUACGUUUGCCAAUUCUAAUAUUUUCCAUCUUUUUUUUUUAAAUCUCAACCAUGUUUUCUAUGUAAUCUUGAAAAAAUAAUUUGA